UUUCUCUCUAAUGCUAGCUGCUUUCACAUGCUUUAUUAGGCCAGGUACCAAAAUUUUGAUCAGGACAUGAGCAAGGCUAGUUGCAGUGUUAAUUGCAUGCUCAGCUUCUGACUAUAAAUACACCAUUAGAGCCUCAGGACAAAGCCCAUGCCUCAUUUCAAGCCAGCUUCUCUCAGCUUCUUUUCUCAAUCCUGAGGCAUCACAGCUCCUUACUUGUUGCCCUGCAUAAGCAGCUGAUCGGCCACUUCUCAGAACCAAAGAUGAAGAUCGGGAAGGCUCCUGAGCUCUUGAAGAAGGCGGCAGCGAUGUGUAAGAGCAAGACCGCCAGGCUCCUCCUCCUUGCCUCGCUGCAGCGCCGCAGGAUGGCCACAGGCGCGGUGGUCUCACGCAAGAUCGACGCACUCAUUGUGGCCGACUGGGAGAGAGCAGACCGCCACAAGGCUCUCGCGCUGCACAUGGUCGGGAAGAGACCGAUAAUCAUCCAUGAGAGUAACUUGGAGGCCAAUUUCGCUCAUCACUUGGCAAUGUUUGGUCAAGAGAAUGGUGAGGCUGGCUGCCCAACUGACCGGACAUUGCAUCCCCUAUUCAACAACGACCACGACAACUGCCCUUACACUGACAAUGAUGAUGUGCUACUUGAUUCAUGCGAUCAUGACGAUGAUGACGAGCCAUCAGUCGUGGAUGUGAUCAGGAGCAAUCGAGAAGUUGAGGGGGUGGAGUCCAACAUGGAGGAUGAGAUUGAUCAGGCUGCUGAUAUGUUCAUUAGGAGGUUCCGGCAGCAGCUGAACGAGGGAUUUUAGGGUCUUAUUUGCACAUGCAUGUACCUCAGCUUAGGGUGUUGUCUUCUUUUUAGGUGCCCACAAAUUAGAAAAUUUUGUAGAAAUCAAUAUGAAUAGGAGUGGAGGCUUGACAAACAGUUAUCCUUAUUGUCAUUUAUUUUUGAACAAUUUUCUCAACAUCUAAGAUCCCUCGGUCUUGCCAACCACUAUAGGAAAAACCAUCUAUGCCGAGAAUUUGGUGGGUUGCCGAGUGUAAAUCCACGGGAACUUGGCAUACACACAACAUGUUUGCCCAGUACUAUGUAAGUUAAACUCGGCAAAUAGAAGGUACUCGGUAAUACUCGGUAUUCGCUAAGUUUUCUCAAGAAAACACUAGGCAUAGAGAAAGAGCCCAACAAAGGAAGCACAAGACACUCGGCAAACAAAAAGUUCUCGGCAAAUCAU